AUGGAUGGAAACUCAAAAUAUUACGAGGGAUGUGGACAGGAAGGACCUAUUCGUUGCAUUUUUCUGUGUGAAUUUCAUCCAACUGCUGGACCUAGAAUCAACUAUCAAGUGCCCGAAAAUUAUAUAUCUAAAGACACAUUUGAUACUGUCAGUCAUUAUAUCAUUCCUAAAGUACAAUUGCAGAGGUGUACAUUGACAGUGACAAUCCUGGGAUUAAAGAUCUUAGGGUUCCCUGUGAAAAUAGAUAACAAGAAAUAUGCAAGGAACGCAUAUUAUUUCAAUUUGUGCUUUGUGUGUGACGAUUGGGCUAGAACUGUACAUUUAGAGCCGUUAGUAAAGAAACUUAGUGAAUAUCUAUUGUCAAUGGAGUUAGAAACAGAAUGGCUGUCCAAACAGUCGAUGUCAGGGGACGCGAAGGCGUUGAGCGGACUCAUGAGGCAAGUGAUGCAAGAUAUAAACAGCCGAAGAAUGUGCACUUUAACAGUCGGCACAACGACGACUCAUUUGACGGUGGUGCGCGUCAACAGCGACCCGGCGCCAGUGAAGGACCACCAAGUGCCUGUGUUCCUUUACAGCAGGCAAUCCUUCGUAGCUGACCAGUGGGAUCUUACUACUAAUCAGAUUCUGCCCUAUAUUGACGGAUUCAACCACGUAUCAAAGAUAGCGGCGUUAACAGACGUGGAGAUCAGCUUAGUACGCGCGUGUGUACAGAAUCUGGUCUACUAUGGAGUCGUUACAUUAGUGCCCAUCUUCCAGUAUUGCGCUGUUUACAGCGCAACGCCUAAAUUACGGCAGCUCACUCGCUGCGUGGGACUGCAGCGACAGUGCGUAGAGUUUUGUGCGAGAUCACCGCGUCAACUACCUAAAGUGAGCGAUUUAUUCCGAAUGUACGCGGGCAUGUCGUACGGGAGCACCGUGAGGGACCUGUGCCGUCGCAUGCGGCCGCAGGAACUAGCCAUCAACGAGAGAAAACUUGUCCUGUUUGGAGUUCUAGAAGGUCUUAUACGCAGGGUUUAUAAAUACCCAAUAACACUUCACAACGACGACGCUUCUCUACGGAGUGACCACAGCCAGUACGUGGCGCGGACUUACAACGGUCUGGUGUGUUUGGACGAGCUGUGCUGCCAGGGAGGGCUCUCCGCCUCGCAAUUAGAGGAACAACUCGAGAGGGACAGCGAUGUUAUAUUCAUUGUCAAA